AUGGUUAAUAUGAAUCUUAUCAAGAUUCACUACUGGCAUCCUAAUCUUAUCAUUCAUUGUAAUAAUGCAUACAAUGACACUCUUGAUGAUCAGAAAUACAUCAUCUAUCAUAAUCUUAAUAAUAAUGGAAUUUAUCAUGCUAAAUUUGUCUUAAUUACUACAUCUAGAAUGCUUAGAUUGAUUAUUAUGUCUACUAACAUUACAAAUCAAUUAAUUCAAAAUUGUUGGAAUGAUUAUUACAUUCUCAAUAUUCCUUUCACAUCUACUCCUUCAACUACAAAAAACACUGAUCUUCUCAACUUAUUCUUUACUACUUAUAACAUUAAUUUAAAAAUGUCUUUAUCAAAUUAUGAUUGGUCUAAUGUUCAUGCUAUUUUAUCAGUGAGUAUUCCUAAUAUUACUUCUCAUACAAAUUGUUGGAAUCAUUUAUUUCCUACUCAACCUCAUGGCUCUUGUAUUGUUCAAACUCCAACUGCUAUGCUUAAUUAUAAUUUAUUGGAUACUCUUGGAUUAGACAAUUCUACCUUUAAUUGUCCAUUUGAUCUUGACUCUCGAAAAAAUUCAGAUAUGUCUUAUUUUCUUAUUAAUAACUUAGAUAAAAAUACUCUCUAUAAAUUAAAUUAUAUUCACUCUUCACUUCCUUAUCACUUUAAACGCUAUUUCAUCCAUACUCUUAAUCCUCUUGCUGAUUGGUUCAUUCUUACUUCGGCUAAUCUUACUUAUUAUGCUUGGGGCUCUAAAUAUUCCCCAUCUAGAAAUGCUGAAUUAGAUGUUCCAUUAUCUAUUGUUGAUGAUAAUAUACCAUCUUUAUCUGAUGAUGUUAUUGUUUUUGCAUUUAAUAGAGAUACUGGAACAACAAACAUUACUUUGAUAGUAGAAGGAGAAAUGUCUCUUCUUAAAUUUAAGGUCAAUGGCAAAGAAUUUGAUAUGAAUAAGAUACAAUUCUAUUGUAAUUGUCUUUUCAAAAAAGACUCUACUUUAAUUUUUAGUAAAACAGAUAUUUUUUAUACAAACAAUCCAGAUAAGUAUAAAGUUUAUAUGAAUGAACCAGUUACAAUUAAAACACAAGAAGGACAAAUAAUAGAAAAUCCAUUUGCUAAUGCUUAUAUGGAAAUAACUUAUACAGAUAAGAGUCAAUUAGAAGAAGUGGAAAAAAAUGGAGAAAAUGUUUAUUCUACUAAACAAGCAUCACUCAUUAAAUUUGACAUGAAUGAAGACAUAGAACUUGAUAAGAUCCUUCAUGUUUAUUCAUUUGGUUUUAUUACUAAUAAAAACAUUACUAUGACAAACAAAAAAAGUAAUAGAAUAGUAGUAUUUUGUGAUACAACUAUAAAUAAUUAUAAGAAGGAGGGAGAUAGUGAAUUUACUAAGAGUAGUGAUACAGACUCUGUUCAAAUAAAUGAUGCAAUGAUAUGUAGUGCAGGAUAUCUUACUGUUAAAAAUCUCAAAUUAAAGAAUUGUACAUUUGAUAUUAGAACAACUACAGAUGAUCAAUCACUAGGAAAUAGUUUAGUAUCAGGUAUGAGCAUAGUAGAUUGUACUUUUCUCACAAAACAGAAAAUAGAGGCAUAUGAGAAUGACUCUAUUUAUAUUAGUGACAAUCUAAAAGCAUUUAAGAGUAAUACAUUUCUAGAAGGAAUUCUCUUAGAUAAUAGACUAAGUCUUGAUAAGGUAGAAGGAAAGUUUCUAAUCAAAGGAGAUGUAAGUACUUAUGAUAACAAUAGUCCUGAUUCACAAUAUGGAUACAUUGAUAUAGUAGAGAAUAAUUCUGAAAACCAACUCAAAGUAGAAAGACGCACACUACAUGAUGAUAUGUCUCCAUAUAACAUAGAUUUAGAUUUAGAGAAAUAUACUCAAGUUGUAUUAGAUGACAUCAACAAAGGAAGUAUGUAUACAAGUAAGUUAUACUCAGACAAGACAUCAUAUCUUCAAUGGUUAUGUGAAUGUCAAACAAAGUGUAUUAAAGGAGUUAUAAUAAUGGAAAAAGAAAGAAGUAAUAUUAAUCAAUUUAUAGAAAAUAAUAAGAAUAAAUAUGAUAUUAUUGUUAGUGAAAUCUCUGUUGAGAACCAAGGUAUUAAUUUACCUUUUAUUGAUUGGAACAGUUAUAAUAAUAUUCAAAGUGCAGCACUACAUUAUACUCGUUCUGAAAAUAAUGAUUUAGAUGAUUCAUACUAUACAAAAUAUGCACAAAUUGCAUUUAUGGGGGAAUUGAUUUCACAUGCACUUAACUCAGAUGACUCUCGUUUUAACUAUUAUAAUACUUUAAUUGAAAUUAAAGAUACAAGUCUAAAAAGUUAUCUUGAUGUAUUAAAAGAUUUAUUAAAUUUAAAUGAACCUCAAGAUAAGAAUAAUUUUUAUUUAAAAGAAUCACUUGUAAAAAAAUGUUUCCCUUCUAACUUUAAAUAUGAUGAAAGUAAAGAUACAAUUACUAACUUAAAGAAUCUUCUAACAGUAAGAGGAAUUCCUGCAUCAAAAUAUAUGGCUGAUAUUUAUCUUCACUAUUUAACAAAUGGAGAUUUUAAGAGUAUAGAUAAAGACACAAAAAUUAUAUUUGCAAAUGGUACUAAAAUGACAUUUAGUGAAUAUAUUGUAAAAAUUAGAAGUGAUCUAGAUAUAGUAUCUGAUGUAAUUGUUGAGAAUGACAUUCAAUAUUUCCAAUCAUGGGAGGAUAUUACAGGAGAUCCACAGUACAGUCCAGUCAGUGCAAAGGCAUCAUUAGAGGAGAUACUCCAAACAAAGGAUAUUAAUGAAAUGAAGAGAUUGUUGAAUGAAUGGCAAUAUAAAUGCAUGUAUUUAUCAUACAAGAAUGGAAGUGUUAUAUUCACAAAAGAUAUUGUAGGAAAUAAUGUUACAUUUAGUCUUAGUAAAGGAGAGGAAACACUCUUUAUUGAUGAUCUACUCAAUAUGACUACAUUUAAGGAUUAUAGUGAUUAUACUAUUAAUGCAGUUGAUUAUAAAAUUCAGAGAAAGAAAGAAAAUAAGGACAUUUACAUUUUGAAUGAUGAAGAUCAGAAUGUUAAGAAUGGAUGGGUUUACACUGACAAAAUCUAUAGACUCAUGAUGAAGUACUUUAAUGGAAGUAGAAUAGAUGACAAACCACCCGAAAGUACAAUGAGUAAUGAAGAGAUGGCUAACAUUAUGACAUUAAUAAGUACAAGAUUAACUACAGAAGAUGAAGAAAAAGAAGGACUUAUUGAGAUUCUAGAUAAGAUAGAAGAAGCAAUGAAUAUUAUUUAUACAAAAGAACAGAAAUAUGAUAGAGAAGAUGUCAAUUAUAGUCAUAAAGAAUAUCAAAAGAUAAGAAAUGGAUUUGAAGAAUGGAGAAACUAUUAUAUUCCUAGUCCAAGUGAGUAUUUCAAAACAGCAGAAAUUAUGAUAUGGAGACCAAUUGAAUUAGAAAUGAAAAGUGUAGAAGAAAUUAGGAAUGAAAAAUAUGAUCCUCAAUAUAUUAUAGAUUAUUACAAUAAUAUAGAAGAGAAGUAUAAAGAAGAAAAGAAAAAGAAAUGGGUUAUUAAUGAACAAGAUGAAAAGAAUGUAGAGGUAAUUAUAUUUGAAGAUGCUAGCGAUAGUGAAUAUGGAGAAAUGAUGAAUGAAAUUCAAGGAGCAAGAAAUAGACUUCAAAGAUAUGAUUCACCUAAUAAAUUAAUUGUUAUAAUGGGAACAAAUUAUGGAGAUAUCUAUAGUGUAUUUGGAAAAGAAGAUCUUAUUAAUGUAGUACCUAUUGAAACAUUCUUUAGAAUUAAAAAUACAAAUGACAUAAUUUAUAUUCCAUAUGAUAAAAGAGAUAGUGAUACAAAUUGGGCAAUAGAUAAAUGGCUCUUUACUAACUUGUAUGACUUUAUCUUUGAGCCUAUGAUGUAUUAUAUCAAUGAUUCAUCUCCAUUUAAAGGAUUACUAGAAAGUAUCAAUGACAUUCGAUACUUAGGAUAUGUUAUGAUUAAGCAGGAAGAAAAGGGAAUGAAUAUUAAAUAA